AUGGCAAAAACCAAAGUGGAAAGCUUUGUUGCUUUUUUAAACGUGGCCAAUCAGUAUGACUUUUUCAAGCGUUUUAGUGUACGAUUGACAUCUUCCCAGCUUGACGCUAUUCUUGAAGAACUUGAAAAUGCUGUUGAAAUAACUGACACGAUCCCUAGGGCCGUUUCCAUUGUUGGGCGAAACAUUCAAUCAGACAAUCAAGAAAUCUGGGCGCUGAAUAGCGAUCUCUUUAUAGAUGCCAAAGGCCGCCAAGUGGAGCAACCCCACUUGCGUUGGAUAAGCCACCUCGUUGCCGGAGACCCGGGAAAUCGCUUAGCAGAUGAAAAGCGAAGUGCAGAAGUGCAUCUUCCUUUAUCAAAGUAUUAUUUUGAUCUCGUUUGUCACCUGCUUCGUGGAGACAUUCUUACUGCUGUAGAGAAUGAUGACACCCUGUCCCGAAGUUUAGAUGUUGUACUAAGAGACGCCGGAAUAAAUCGAGAUAGUAUAACAGCCAAUUUCGAAGCUGAAGAAAAUGGGAACUUUUUAGCUUCAUUCUACACUAUAGCAAUGAGCUUGAUUAUGGUUCAUUAUGAUAAGGUAAGUGAUAACUUUAAACAGCUAUCAUGAAUUAUUCAUGUAAAAUAUUUCUCAAUUUCUGAUUUGCUCAGAUCCCCGGUUCUUUUUUUCAUAAAAAUUUGCAAAACCAAGAGAGAGUAAUGGUACAGAAACUGAAUCUUAGAGCGUUGUCCGGGAUAAGUGAAUUGCAGUACAAUUAUUUUAAGAGGCUGUAAUUAAACGGUAAUAAUUACUGAGACGUCUUCACAUUUUAAGCCCCGCGCAAACGGGCGCAACAUUGUUGACCAACAACUGCAAACAUUUUUGGAUGUUACAUGUUGCAUCCGUCUGCACACCCUGUUGCAUGUUGUUGGAUGUUGUUGCGUGUUUUUGCGCAAAGUUUGAAACCGGUCAAAGGCUGCGUGCAAAAGGACGCAACAACUCCCAAUAUUGUUGCGCCAACAAUGUUGGGAGUUGUUGCGUGCAUGUUGGCAGUGGUGUGCAAACGGAUACAACAACUCCCAACAAUGUUGGGACCUGCAGUGCAUCGUGGGAAAGAUAUAACCCGUAAGUCUUUGUAAACCAUGCGUAAUGCGCGUGCGCGGCCCCAACAAUGUUGGAAGAGCUGUGCAAACGGAUCCAACAUUGUUGCGCUACGCUUCGGCGAUCACGGAACAAAAGAAAUGUUGGGAGUUGUUGGCUGAAAAGUUUGACCGGUUUCAAACUUUGCGCAACAACACGCAACGACAUCCAACAACAUGCAACAGGGUGUGCAAGCGGGCGCAACAUUUAACAUCCAACAAUGUUGGGAGUUGUUGGCCAACAACCAACAACCCCCAACAUUUCUUUUGUUCCGUGAUCGCCGAAGCCUAGCGCAACAAUGUUGGAUCCGUUUGCACAGCUCUUCCAACAUUGUUGGGGCCACGCACGCUCAUUACGCAUGGUUUACAAAGACUUAGGGGUUGUAUUCUUCCCACGAUGCACUGCAGGUCCCAACAUUGUUAGGAGUUGUUGCAUCCGUUUGCACACCACUGCCAACACGCACGCAACAACUCCCAACAUUGUUGGCGCAACAAUGUUGGGAGUUGUUGUAUCCGUUUGCAGACCACUGCCAACACGCACGCAACAACUCCCAACAUUGUUGGCGCAACAAUGUUGGGAGUUGUUGCGUCUGUUUGCACGCAGCCUUAAUCGAUUGAUUGAAACCACCGUCAGCAAGUCCAUGCGCGAUCGUCUUAAAGCUAAGAGAAUGUUUCAAAUGAAUUAAGACUCUUGAAUUCUCUUUUGACAACACUACUUGGUCUAAACUGAAUAGUUUUGGUGACAUUCAUUUGUUUCCCUAUAUAUCUCAUUAUUCUCUUUUGGGAAAGCUUAUGUUGUUGUUAAGCUUAACAAUACAAGACAUAUACAUGAAACGAAUAGAACUUAAAGCAGAACUAGGUUGUAGCCUUUAAAAGCUGUUUCGUCAUUUUUGUGGCUCAUCAGAGCAGCGAAGCAAAUGGGCUGUAAAAAAAUCACCCGCAACCUCCCGGAACACGAGAUAUGAAGUGUUUCGGUUGCUUCGACAUGACGGCCCAUAUCUUGGGGCUUGAACAGACUGUUUCAAGCACACCGUAUAACAAAUAAUAUUCGGCAUUUUCCAACAUCAUCCCAGCGGUACCGUAGCAAAGUUGACCUAAUGUACAUUUCAGUACCCUAAUUUUAAUACUUUUCUUCAGUGGCAGAUGUUAGCUGGAUCAUGCCCAUUGCCUGCCGCUUUAGGGGAACCAGAUAGUGGUAAAAGCACGGCAUGUAAGGUGGCCUUAGCAGCUACUGGAGGCUGGAAGAAGAAUUUUUUCGCGUCUGUUUCUGAGAAGGUGAGACAAAAUUAUCCUUCACUUGAAAGCCUUUUUAAGUAUAUUACCUUACCUUUUGUGCCUUGUCUAUAUUCUAGUAUAGAUAUUACAACGUCAGCAUUGCUAAAAGUACUUUUCUUUAUAUACUAUGCUUGACCUCCAUGGCAAAAAUUCAGCUCAAAUUUUGACGGUAAAGUUAUAGAUCAACUUAUUGACUCUUUUGUAUCUUUAAGGUUACUGGAAAAAUUGCAAGUCAGACAACAAUGGGAUUUGUGAUAGAUGAUCCUACUAGGCCGCAGGAUGUAAGGGAAGCGGCAAAGAAGUUUUUUAACGAAGGUAGUAACAUUAACUGCUGUGGCGACUGGACACCUAAAUGCUGCCCUCUCAUAUCCAUCAAUAACCACGUUUUGGACUGGCUGUCCAAGCCAGAAAGAGAAAGGUACUACUUAAUAGAGGUAACAUUUAGCUUUAGCUAUCAAUAUCAACGGAACAAACUGGAAAUAAGGUUGUCUGAACGCAGGUUUGGGAGUCGGAAGCCGGGUGUUUAGAAUUCUUGCAAAUGUUUGUAGUUAUAAAAUAAGUGAUUCAACUAGCUUGGGGUAGGCAGUAAUGAGGAUUGUACGCGUGGCGCGUGUUUUAAGGUGAUGUUACACGGGACGAUUCGCAACGACCAUUUUUAGCGUCAUGCAGCGUGGCAACAUUGCUGCGACAUUGUUGCGAAUGGUUAUAACAUUGUUCCAACAUUGCAACGCUGAGUUGCGCUAAAAAUGGUCGUUGCGAAUAGUCCCGUGUAACAUCACCUUUAAAGGGAUAGCCUGCUUUCAGGCUACGACUGAUUCAGCUAGGUGUCAGAUCAAGCAGUUGAUUGGUAUAUACAAUAAUGCGCAAAGAUUCUCAAUGUUUCAAUUUCUGAAAGAAUAAGAAACAAUUACAUUGCCUCUGACGGAUAAUGGAAUGGGGUUAACAAACAUGCAACAUAUUAUAAUCAUAUGCUUAGGAAAAUUCCAGUUCAUUGGACUUAGAACUAAAAGUACCAUGUGUUCCUUCAUUUUCAAUGCUGGUAUAGCUCCUUAUAUUUCCUAAACACGAGUUAUUUGAACUGCAAUUGAUGAAACGUCAACUUCCACAAAAUUCUGAGAAGAAUGUUUUAACUGUUAGUGUUUUUUUGCAGACUGCUGUCCCGAAUAAUUUUCAUUCCUUUCGGAAACAUUAAGAGGGAGAUGAACGAAGAACAAUCAGCCCUAUGGCAGCAGGUGUUCGACAACCUACUUUCGAAAGUCUCAGCAGUUGUAGGAGACCUUAUCGCGGUGGGGGAAUGGUUAACUUCGAACGAAGGUCGCCAGCAGUUUAACGACUGCCUUGCGAUUGUCGUGGAAGGAUUUGGGGAGGAAGGAAAGGGCGCGCGUUUUGCAAAGAUGUGGACCUGCGCUCUUAUGGCAGCGCUGAAGGUAAUCAGGAGUCGUAUAGGUCCAACCAACCAUUACCCUUUUUUAUUAUUUUUUGUCGGAAAAGGUAGUUAUCCUUUCUCAUACUUUACAUUGACAAAUGGUACCCAUUUCACUUUUCUAUACUCUUUCACAUAACUGGUUUAUCAUUCUGUAUACCUUUCAACUGCUGUAAACGCAUUACUUUUUUUAAUAAGAUUGAUUAAAUACAAUAAGACAGGAAGUUAUUUCAAUUUUUCAUAUUCGUAAAAAGCGUUUGCUACGGUCCCUUUAAGUCCCUUACUUACUCAGAUAAUCCCUAUUGUAAAACUCUUUUGCAUGUUUGAAUCCAUUUUAUAUUGUAAGGUUUGGUUUUGUUCCACAGAUGCAGGAGCUAACAACAGCAAUCACAGAGGGCGAAAUCACUAAUUUUUUUAUGAAAGUAAUACUCCCUCACGUGAUGAGAUUUCAAAAAGUUGCCAUCCAUCUUAAAUCCGGUGUUGCAAUAACAUCUGGCCAGCAGCCCAAACCAGGAAAGGAAGCUAUUGUAAGUCGGCUGGAAGAGAAACUGGAAGCUGUCGUGAAAAAUGCACCUAAAGAACAGGUACAGUCUGUUUCUUCUCUCACUGGAUCACACCGACCACUGAAAGUCCAUCGAAGGCAGAUUCUUCCGCUGGUAGUUCUUACAAUACGUGCUGAGAAAGUGCCUGUUUUACAAUGCACACCAGUUGUUGAGAGUUAAUAACAUUCGUUACAAAUAGAUGUAUACAUAUCUUCCCUUAAGAGGGCGCACUUUAAGGGACGCUUAGGAGGCAUUCUUUUACUGAUUUAUGCAGAUGGACGAGCAAUGAUUAUUCACUUGAUAACCGCUGCGCUAUCUUUUCAGCUGGAUAAUACACUAAGGUCUGAAGGCAUUGCUAGUUAUAAGUGUACAAAAAUUAUUGAGUAAGACAACGUUUUGAGUGCCGCCCGUUUUCUGGUCUUCUGUGUUUCUUCUGGUAAUACAGGAAAGACUUCGGAAGAAUCGCCGAAUAUCUGCGACAAUAAUGAGAGGGCCACAUCAUCAGGAAUAAAGCUAUCUCUAGGAAUUAAGUCAUUCCUUAAACAUCAUAGUGCGUUUUUAGUUAAUUGCCACAUUUUCUGAAAUUCCUAAUUAAAAUAAUACCUUGCAGAACCUUCAGUUUUUGAGAACUGAUUUAAGCACAGGAAAGUUGUCAUCAGAUGGCACUCCAACACCAGCGAUAGGCAUCAGAGCCGAAAAGUUCAAGGAUAGGUGCGAGGAGAAAAGUAUUACGCCAGUAAAACCAAACGACCUGAGGACCACGAUACGGGCCUAUGGAUUGGGUAGGUUAAUUUGAAAAUCAUUGAAUAUUCAUUGAUAACAGUCUCAGUCUGUGAAUUCCGACUGUUCUCUGCAAACCUGUUGUAGUUGCACGCUAAGUGAGGGACACUUUCGGGAGUUAUUACACAAAGUCCGUUCGGGUUAAAUGCUAAUAUUGGCCUUUUAUCGACCUUAUUGAAAACCAGCCGUGAAGUUUUCAUUUUAAUCUGAGCCGUACAGAAAACUGCGGUCCUUCAGAAAAAAUGUCUCUGCGCAAUAGACUUCGCUCCUGGUCAAACGCUUUUUUCAUCAAGUUAUGGCUCCAGGUCACCCAGUUCUGUUAUAUAUAAAUAUAUACUUGAAAGUAGGGAAGUUAAGUGGGAACUGAAGAUAAGGAUCGCGUCCUAGAGUUUAGACUGACAUGAUAAAAUUCUCGCCUUGCAGUUCCGUUGUCAAUUGAAAUUGAAUUUGGUCCCUGUGGCUUUGACCCUUCCAUUGCCGUUGUCGUGUUGUAAUACAGUAAUUUUUUUCCUUACCUUGUAAUUAUCAAAUUAUGCCAAGUAUAUUACGCUUACUUAUUUUGGUUAAUUCAUUACAAAAUAGGUUUAAGGAAAACGGAGCAAAGAUUCCUGUCCCCAAAGGAAAAUCCAAAGGAAAAUCUAAAAAGAAAGGGUGAGAUGAAAUUAAAAAGUUGCGUGGUGGUGAAACGGGCGUUGUUCCAACAAUCCACCCUGGAUCAGCUUGAUAGAGGUAAACCGAUUAAUACUAAACGCACAGUGCUUACGGGCUAAAGAAAAACGUCUUUAUUAAAUCCCGAUAUGGACCUUGUGUGACGAACGACGUGAAUACCUUGUGAGGUUUAUAGACCUUGUUACCACAAUACACCAUAACCUGUAAUGAUCGCCCCAUUCCGCAAAACAAGGUUUAAAAUAACCUAUCAUUGCUACAUUUUUAUAAUUUGUCUAAACUAUCCCUCUUUGGUUCCCCUUAUUUCAGCAACAGGAAAUCUACAGGAGGAGAUGAAUGAUGUUAGCAUGGGGAAGGAGGAUGAUUCAGCUGAUUCAGGUGUGUCUUUUUAUCCUAUGCCCCGGAAUACAGCCAAUCAGAGAGCGGGAAUCCUUGCAUAUUAAAUUGUUCGGCAUACAAGAGUAACAUUUUGCAAAAAAAAUCUACCACUAUGCUUGUGGCAUCCACACAUGUUCCCGCCGUCAAACGAGCAAGAUUUCUUAUUCUAGAAAAAUUACCAGACGCGACUGGAGAGCACUGUACCGAAAAGUUGACUUUCAAUCGCGCGCCCCACAGGUUGUAACGAUCAAAGAAGUAAGGUUUACCUGUUAAUGUCUUAUAACUUGUAAAGAAUUACAAUACAAGGAAUUCUAAAUAUAGUUUCAUCACAGCAAUAUUUCCCUGGUUUUAACCACCUGCAGCGAGCUUUACAUCCAAGCGAGUCAGACUGUUCGAUCACUGAAUAAAUUAACCACCUUGCUUGCUAUUCGGCUAAAGAUAACCCCUUAUUCUUUAGUAGAUUUGGAAGCCUUGAUCAGAGAAAAAGAGAAGUUGCAGAAAUCUAUAGCAUCGUUAACGAAAGAUCAUGAAACAGAGAUUAAAAGGAUUGAAUCACAAAACAAAGAAUUAAAGGCAAGGGUCUCUGUCGAGCAAGAGGAAAGGAACAAGUUUAAAGAAUUACUGCAAGCAAAGGAAGGAGAGAUUUCUAUGGCAAGGGAGGCCAACGCUGGUAAUUAAAACUGUGUAACAUACCUCUUUGUAGUCGUAGCCUGUUCAAGGGACUUCUAGUUUCUCUUAAGAAAUUGUGGAAAAACUGCGGCGGGUUUAUUGAGCACUAAUGGAAGUGGUGGGGCUAAGGAAAAGAAGAAAAAAAUGUCUUUCUCGCGCUCGUCGUUUUUUCGAAAAACAAAAAGAAAACCAGGUCUGUGUACGGGCUAUUGCGUAUAUUGCCACAUCUUGUAAUGGCUUACCGCACAUCAUGAAGGGGGCGGGUUUGGUCAGAUUGUUAGAUGAAUGGAACACUGACAGGGUUUUGGUUCCUUUGCUUUUAACUUCUUAGAGGGUGUUUUUCACAUGGAUUUCUUUUUAGUGUACUGCAUACGAUCCAGUGGUAAUGAUGUCCGUUGAUGGCUCCUUUAUUCUUUACAGAAUUGGAAAGUGCGCUGAGAGAAAAAGAACACUUGGAGAAACCUUUGGCGGGGAUGAGAAAAGACUAUGAAGCAGAGAUAGCAAACUUGAAGUCAGAAAACAGAGAGUUGAAGACAAGGGCCUCGGAAGAGAAGAAAGAAAGGGAGAAGUUUCAAGAAUUGGUAAAAGCGAAGGAAGGGGAGAUUUUGUCACUUAGAGGAAAACUGGAAGUGAUAAAAGGUGAAGUAGCUAGAUAUUUUCGAAUUUGUUGGAAGUUUACUACUAAUACAAUCACAACGAUUGUUAUAGAACUGUAUCUUUGGGCGGUUUACAUGCUGUGUUUUUUCUCAUUCGAAAAAGAAGAAUAAUAAUUUGGCUGGAAAUAACAAUCCUUACUUUCAUGAUCAAACUUAAUUUGUAUCGGGCGAAUAAUAUUAACACUGACUGGAUACAACAUCACUCUGCAUGUUUUACGCUUAUGAUAUAUUAGUCUUAGAGUCUAGGUUACGCUCCUUUGGCUGGCGUCAUGUUGCAUGAUUAAAUAUUAGUUUUUUAUGUUAGCAUAUUUUGUUAGCGAAGUCUGCCUCAAUAGUAAGAAAAAGCUAAUCGCGAGGGCUCACGUCUUUUCGUCGUCUUGUUACAGAACAAAGUUCCACCAAAAGAGCUGCAGAUAUAGCUGCUGUUAAAGGUAUGGGGAGAGUAUUUGUUGUGCAAUAAAUGUAACUAUGUUGUUCAGCAACGUACAGUCAAACUUUGUUAAUACCGACACUGAGGGGGCCAUACAAAUAGUGUCUGCAUUAACGAGGAGUCCAUAUCAAACCGGUUGAAAGUAAAUUUUAAAAGCAAACUUUCCGUAAUAACGUGGUCUCCCUAUUAAGUGUGGGUGUUCGUAAAAUGGAGUUUGACAGUAUUCCUAACGCUUAUAGACCUUAUAAAAAGAUAUAGACUAAACUCUUUACGUGCGCCAAAUCAGACACAUAUUACUAUCUUUCACUUAUAUUCAAUUAUCCCAUUAUUAUUCAGCUCUAGAAGUGUAUCAAAAAGGGACAUAUUAGUGCAUAACAUUCUCUCUGUGAAGCUGAUGAAUUGCCUAUUUCUGUCCAAUUCCUACAGCAGCAGAAAUGUUGGUGGUUAAGGUGACUCCGGGAGAGUUCGAGAAGAAAGAGACGGCACGGGGAGGGAAAAAGAGGGAUGUGAACAAAUGUCCCCCUGUAAGCAAGGCGAUUGGCAGCUGUGUACAGUAAAGAAGUGCGGCCAAUGGGUGCACUGCCGCUGUGAAGCACAACUAGACACCUCUUACAGCUGCCCAUUCUGCAGAGGUCAUAUGAAGUAAACUUCUCGUGUGAAGUCAUGUUUACUU